CGAAUAAAUAUUUUAAGUAUAUUUUCACUAUUGCUUGUCAAUCUCGUAUUUUUUUAUUUUAAAUUAUACUAAUAUCAUAUAUAACAAAAGCAAACGUGCAAAGUAAUUACAUUUAGUAACCGUACAUCUUGUGUCUGUUUCGACAAUGAGGUUCCUACUGGCUCUUAUCCCUAUGGUGGUCAGCCAGCGUUUUGCUGUGGACCUGGCUACAAACUACUUCACUCUGAGAGGAGUGAAGUAUGUUUGUUAUUUGUCCUGUGAUGAUCACUAUCAAAACGCAUUAAUAGCGAAGAACUUAUUCCAUCACAACAUAAGGACAACUUUAUCGACGGUUGACAACGCUUUGAAAAAUCUACCUGCGUUGUUGCAUCGUGAAAACGUUCCUGUAGGAGUUCUGUUGGGUGGUGAAUGUGACGGGGCCCUCGAUGUAUUGGAAGAUGCCUCAAGACAGACAUUAUUGGAUGCGAGUCGUUACUGGCUGAUAUUGCACACAACAAGCACAGAGUUCCAGAAUUUUCAGAGUCUCAAUUUGAGUGUGGAUGCUGACAUCAUUGUCGCUAGUUGCAAUGGGGGGCAGUGCCAGUUGACGGACCUGUUCAACUUCGGGAAGAUCCAGGGGAACUCUUUGGAGACGAGCGACGCGGGGAUUUGGAACUCGACAGAAGGUCGGAAUUUAGCGCUGAACGCGUACAAAUACUACCGCCGCUGGGACUUCCAUAAUUUAACACUGCGCGCCGUGUCCGUGAUUUUGAACAGUUCGGUAGAGUUUAACCCCGCGAUGUUGACGGACGUGCGCUACACUGCCGGGGUGUCGGCAAUGACCAAGAUUGUGGCUCAACUCCUCGGUAUACUGAUGGAGCAGCACAAUUUUAGGUUCAACUACACAAUAGCAAGUCGUUGGAUUGGGACGCCUGAAAGAAAUUCUACUUUGGCGGUGACCAAUUCCUUGCUGUGGAGAGAGCAGGACAUCUCCUGUACGUGUGCGAGGAUCUUUCCUCAAUGGCUUGACUGGGUGGACAUCUUCUACCCGCCAGCUACAACCCUAGAAACCAAAUUCUACUACCUGAUCCCAAGCAAAGGCGUUGGGGAUUACGAAAACCGGUUCCUGACGCCGAUGUCCCCCGGCGUCUGGUGGACGUCAGCAUUCGCGGGCCUCGUCUGCAUGAUAGUGCUGGCGGUCGCCGCUUCCAUGGAGAAUAGGAAGGACCCAGGUUUAUUUGCACUGUUUAGUGUCCUGGCAGCUAUGUGCCAACAAGCAUAUGAAGAUGUACAGCAACUAGAAGAACGAUUUUCUAGUCAAGGUCGUCGCGUGACCCUGCUAGUGGUGGGCCUGUUGAGUAUGCUCCUGUACAACUACUACACCAGCAGCGUCGUGUCCUGGCUCCUGAACGCUGCCGCUCCCACCAUCGACACCAUGGAUGGCCUGAUACGGAGUGACUUGGAACUCGUCUUCGAGGACAUUGGUUAUACUAAAGGCUGGUUGGACAACCCUGGCUUCUUCUACUACAGCGGCUACAAGAACCCUAAAGAAGACGAGCUUCGAGAUAAAAAAGUAAUACGAGCACAAAGAACUGUGCCCAUCUUGCAGUCAGUUGUAGAUGGCAUCGAACUCGUUCGCAAAGGCGAUUACGCGUACCACACAGAGCCGUACACGGCCAGCCAGGUCAUCUCCCGCACAUUCGCGGACCGCGAGCUGUGUGACCUCAGCUCGCUGCAGAUCAUGUCGCCCGCGUUCGUCUACAUCAUGGCGCAGAAGAACAGUCCGUACAAAGAGUUCUUCGUUUGGAGCCUGCUUCGCCUGGCCGAACGCGGGCACAGGUCAGCGUCUCAACGCCGCAUCAACGUCGUCAUCCCGUCCUGCUCGGGCCGCACUCCGCGCGCGUUGGCCCUGGGUCAAGCUGCGCCGGCCUUUCUGCUGCUCAUACAGGCUGCACUCCUGUCUCUCUUCAUACUAGUGUUGGAAAUAAUCUGGCAUAGAAUUGAAAUGAAGAAAAAGCAAAAACUAUAGAGUAUAGCAAAAUGUUUUCUACGAUUCACAACACAAUGCACGGUUUCCACUGAAAUGUUCAAUCCCCAACCGCCGCACGGAGCGAGCCACCGUAUCAUAAAUGGAGCGAUCAUUUCUCGUUUGCUUUCGAGUUUGCGAUCUCUAGUGCACUUACCGCUUGCCUGUUGAUCUUUGAAUUAA